GUACUAAUCGAGCUGAAGGACGAGGGCGCUCGACCGAGCGUUCGUCUCAGCAACUGCGACACAGUCACACAAGAAGCGGUUUCUCGUCGAGAGUCUCGCUGUCGAUCUCGAAGCGAUUGCAACGUCGACUUGGCAGAAGACAUCAACCGUCAGACAAGUCUUAAAGGUUCCGCCACACCUAUCGUCGGAUUCUGCGCUGCAAAUUCGGCGCUGAACGGCCGAACAUCUCCAGGAAUGCUUACGUAA